AUGGAGGCCAUGACUGUGAACCCACUAGAUACUCGCCUGUCGCGGCCAGGUGAUUCUGGAGAUUUGAGCUCCUCUAUUCACUUUUCGAUGUCAAGUGAAUCCGAAGAUCUGAGCACCCCCAUGACCGACGCUUCUGAGCCUUCCAAUAUCCCAAUUUGGGAUCCAGACACUGAAACUUUGCCGGACGAAGCCAUCCCUGACCACAAAACCGAGCAAACAAGAGAAACAAAGGACGGCGUGGCGCUUCAUGCUGCGAUCAUGGGCCUCGGCAACAGCAGGUUCGAAAUAGUCAGAUGUCUUAAUGAUAUACUCUCCCAAUCCCUCAUCGAACUGUCUUCCAAGAUCAGACUAUGCCAAUCCAGCUUGGCAAAUUGCGACGACGACGUCACCAUGAAGUAUUACGCAAGCAUGUUGGACAGGCUUCUUGAGAUGCUAGAAUUUACGCAGAAGCAGCUUGCUGUGCCGCAGAAUCAAAUGAAGGAAUCUACAAAGAAGCACUUUGCUGAGCUGGGGAUUACGAUGCUACAACCUACAGAGAAUCAGUUCGCUGUACCUCAGAAUACGAUGCCGCAGUUGGCGAAUAACCAGUUCUCCGGACUGGAGAAUACGAUGACGGAUGCGACUUUCUUCACGCAGCAGGACUACGACCAGGCGCAACAGCAAGACUACUUGUGGUCAGAUAAUGGUCCGACGUCAUUCGCUCAGCUGUUGCAGGAUUCAACUACGAUGGGAGACGCCGUUGAUGGUACAGUCCUGCCGUCGACGGAGUUUGAGGGCCAGGAAUUUAAUGAGCAAUUCGCGGAUACUACGUUGCUCUUGCGUGGCAUGUCGGUCUCCCGUGAGCAACAAUGA